AUGUCUACUUCUAUCAAGCAUACUAACUUUAUUUCUGAAUCUAUGGGAGACAAAAAUGUUACUGAGGUAGCUGGUAUUGGCCCAACAUAUGGUAAAAAAUUAGAAGAUGAUGGUUUCAAAAAAGCAUAUCAUUUGUAUGGACAAUUUUUAAUUUUGGAUAAAGACAAGGAAUUAUUUUCUGAGUGGCUCAAAGAUACAUAUGAAAUUAGUGCCAGAUAUGCUAAUAUAUGUGCUGAUUGCCUUGCAGAGUAUGCUGAACAACAUUUGUAA